AUCACUUCCGUUAACGAAAACCUAUGUUAAUUGUUUGUUGUUAGCUGAAAGCGCCACACAUUAAAACCAACCCGGAGCUCAGCAGUCAGUCGCAGUGUGUGUACAGUGAGCGGCUCCAGAAAUUAUCUGUUUCGUUAAACCGGGGCGACCGACUCACAGCCUCGUGUCGGACAGCUGAGCCACUUUCCUCGCUUUAAAGUUCAGGCUCGCCUGACACUUUGUUGCUUUAUAACAAUGUUGAGCAGCGUUGCUCUGCGGGCUCAGAUUGCCUCCGUGAUCGAUGCCCUGUCCAAAGCAGCCGUGGCAGAAAUCUCCAAAGUUGUGGAGGAUGGUAUGGUGGUGCUGCGGCUGGAAAUGUGUCAGCGUGAAAAUGAGAUCAAGAAGCUGAAGAGCAACAUCGAGGUUCUUCACACCGAGCUGAGAGCAGCGCAGGACAGAGUGACCCUGCGACCUGACAGCCAUGGGGCAGAGGGAAGUCAGAGUGGCACUGGUGAUGAGAGGACCUUGCUUGAACAUGUGCACGCUGACAAGGACCACAACAGCCUGUCCGUACCUGAGGUCCGGGUAAAACCCGAACCUGUGGAACAGGGGAAUGAAGACGCCAGAGGGCAACACGAUCAGCUGGGAGGAGAGCUGGGUCUGUACGAAGGCAACAGAGGGCAGUGGAGGUCGCCAACGCAAAGCGAGGCAGGGCACAACAAUUCAGAUUAUUUAAAUUUAGGCCAGAACUCCCUGUCGUGUCUCCGUGAAUCUUCCCUGGACGCUGGACUGGCCGUGCCCUGCAGCAGCUCUGGCGGGCUUCAGCAGAGCCCGUUCAGCCGCGGGCUGCUGGGCUACAGUCAGUAUCGUAACUUGUACAACAUAGUACGGAGGAGGACGGUGAAGAGGUUAAUGUUUAAGAAGGGCUUCAUCUGUCCUUACUGCGGGAAAUGUUUUGAGCGUGCCGGGCACCUCGAGAGACACAAAAGGAUCCAUACUGGUGAGAAACCGUAUCGUUGUGAGAUAUGCGGCAGACGCUUCAAUCAGAAAUGCAGCCUCAAGGAGCACAUGAAGAUUCACAGACGAUGUAUUCAGCCCAGACCGGGUGAAGUCCAGGUAGGCGAGCAGAAACAGAUUCCCGAGGUGAAUCCAUGUCCUGACACUCAUCGCCCUGAGGAAGAGAGCCAGAUGAAGGCUGAGGAUGGCCUUCAUAAGAAUGAGGACAGUCUCCCAACACCUGUGCAGGUAAAAUCUGAGCCUACAGAGGAGAAUAUAACACAACCGCUGUUUCAUGAAGGAAAUGAGCAGGCAAGGGAAGGAGUAGACAACUUCAGUGAGAACUUCACAGCGUUUGAGAGAGACAGUCAGCAGUGGAUAUCCAGGUUACAGGGACAAAACAACACAGAGAUGAGCAGUGUGGAAUAUCCCAGCAGCUCAACACAGAGUAUGACAUCCUUCCCUGGGAUAGCUCAGCUGCUCCCGGCACCAGUCGAAGCUUCUUGCAGCACCUUCUCCUUUCCGACAAAACCAUACGGGGAGCUAAAAAACACCAUGAUCUCUCAAACACCCUAUGGGUCGUUAGACACGCUUAUGAUGUCAAGCGAAGCGGGCUUACACGGCAUGGCAGAGGCCUCGCUGAAUCACCACCAGCAGAGGAGAAGCAGAUCGUUUCAGGUGAUCAAACCAAAGAAGUGCUUCGUCUGCUCGUACUGCAGCAAGGUCUUCGAGCGCGCCGGCCACCUAGAGAGACAUUUACGAAUUCAUACCGGGGAGAAGCCGUACGGCUGCCAUAUCUGCGGGAGGUGCUUCAAUCAGAAAAGCAGCCUCAAAGGACACAUGAAGACACACAGAAACGGGGAGAACACAGAUGUGCUGGAGGCACAUCACCUGAUGUUUACAAUGCCUGAUAGUCAGCCGCUGGAGAAUCUGGCUGAGCCUAAGAUCGGACUGGCGGCUUUUGAGGAACAGUUGCGGGGGAGCGAGGCAGCUGGUGAGCAAACAGUGACGGUGAAGGUGGAGCCAAACGCCGAGGACUUUCACACUCUGAGUCAGGGAAGGCCUGAUAAUGGCACGGGAGCACCGGACCAAAGUCAGCUGUGGAUGGAGAAGAGUGGUGACGCCACAGAACAAACAGUCUGUGUCCUCCUCCGUGAUGUCCAGUACGAGUACAGCGAGCAGCAGGGAUACACGUCACCCAUCAAGGAUCUGCCUUUUCUAGAUGACAAAGCAAAGGAUGAAGUGAUGCACAAUGAUCAGUAUUCAGUGAUGGGAAUGCAAUCAAGAAGCUCUGAUAUGACUCUCACAUCUGAGCUGCAAGAUCAACACAUUAUACAGGAGGUGUCUGUGAGUGAUUACAGCGCAGUGAGGGACAGGACUCAGGAGGGAACUGUGUUUGAAUUUAAUAUGUCCGCCUCAAACAGCCAUGAGGACAACUGUGGCAGUGAUGCCACCAGACAAAAUUGCUUUAUAUGCUCAAGUUGUGGGCAAAGCUUUAAUAGUUUCAGUUUAUUUCAGCUGCACCAGUGCAAAACUACCACUGAGCAGCCCUGAGACAGCUGAAGAACAAAGAGUAUUAGUUUUCUAUUUGCAGCACUGACUGUUUGUUUAGCUUCUGUUACAUUUCAAGUACUUUGCACAAAUUGUUUUCCUGCUACUUUGACCUUCUCCAUUAGUCUCACUUAAGAAAAGCCUGUCUUUUUUUGAGAUGACUGAGUGUUGUUGGCGAGGCCAGUGAACACAGUUGCUCUUCACUUGCUUUGUGUUGGCCCACACGGGGCUUUUGAAUAGCUUUGACAAUAACUUAAUGACUGUAAGAAGAAACCAAACAAAGUCAAGAGUUGUCUUAAGUAGCACCUGAGGCCGUCACAUGUUGUGGUCUUCAGCCAGAACUGUUAAACAGACAGGUCAUUCAUUUCACUUCACAGAAUUCAUUUUAAUGAUAAGAGAAUGGCCAAAUGGAAAAUUGAGUUUUUGCUUUUUCUCACGGCACAAGUUAAGAAAAGAUAAAGGUACUAGUAAAAGUACAGUAUUUUAUUACUGAAGACUGUUCAGAUAAUCAGACCAUUUUCCACUGAUCCACCAUCACCCUCAUGUUCCUUUGUUGAAAUUUGAAAAUUGAAACACUACUGUUUCUUAGAAUACACUGAUCAGCCACAACAUUAAAACCACCGACAGGUUAAGUGAAUAACAUCGAUCAUCUCAGUACAAUGCAGUGUUCUGCGUGGAAACCUUGGGUCCUGGACUUCAUCUGGAUGUUUCUUUGACUCGUACCACCCACCUAAACAUAGCUGCAGACCAGCAACACGAGCAGGACCUACACAGUCUUAAGCAGGUGGUUUUAAUGUUGUGGCUGAGUUCCUGGGUUAGGAAUAGAUUGACAUGGUGAUUCUGGUAAAAAUAAAUUAGUAGUUAAUUUAGAAUAAAUUAGUAAUAUUUUUUUAAUUGACGAAUUGGUCAAUAACGUGGCUUACUGGUUUUGCCAUGUUUUUUUUCUUUAGUGUGAGCUAGGGUGGAUCUAGUGUAUAAACUGGAGAUUGAUGAUUUACAUCAGUGUUGUCUCAUAAACAGGGAACUCAAAGCUAAACUUUGUCGAAGUUGUUACAGGCCUGUGUUCAAAAUUAUAAUAGCUACUAAAACAGAGGCAGUAGCAUCCUCACACACCGAACAAACCCCGUUUCUCAUACAACAACGCAGCACAUACCUCACAUUGCCUUCCAAGCUGCUUUUAUAGCUGCAUUUAUAGCACAAUAUUCUGUUCUUUGGUGUUUCAAAAUGUAAAUGUUGUUGUUUUGUGGGGGUCAGGCCAAGUGUUCAAAUAUACCAGACCUCCCACUAACCAAAAAAGGCAACAUGGUAAUAUUUGUCUUAAUAAUUUGCAGGAAAUUAAAUAACCUAAGAAAUGUGAAAUACCUCAGUGAUGCACACAGUCCACAUACUUAACAAGACUUUGAAGAAAUGAAGGAAUUUGACGCGUCUCUUUGGUUAUAUUGUUACAUCUGACUGAUUUAUUUUGUGGGAUAUAUUUUUGCGAAGUAUGCCGAGUGUCAGUGACAAUUACUGUCAAAUAAAACUAAUUACUCAGACACUGUUAAGCACUGGAAAACUGUAACGUGAAAAGCUGCUCAUUUGGUUGAGUAAAUAGUGAAGGGUCCUGAAUGAACAUUGCCAUUUGUAAUGGUUUGUAGCAGGUGGCUGGACUUGAAGAGGUCAUUAAAAAACACUCAAGCUAAGCCCAUCAGAAGGAGCACCUGUCCAAGGCCAACUGGGUGACACAAAAACCUCUUGAGAGUACAGUGUAAUGAGUGCCUACAUUUUUCACAUGGGAAUGAAAUCCCUAACCCUGCCUCUGCAGUGUUAUUGCCUUUUCAAAACGGUGUCACAAAAUCAAAUUCAAGUGUUUUUUCCCCUUAUUCUUCCUUAAUUUAUAGCAUUUUCAUUUUGCUUUAAUUCAGUGCGUUACUUCAUAAGUUCAGUGAUCAGAAAGGAUAAAUUACGUUUGAAAAGAUGAAUAUAAUGAAAAAAAUCAGAUUUUCUUUGUUUUGCUGUUUGCAAAUAAAUUCAAAACUAAGUUAAUUGCA